UCCCCGCAGUAUCCAGUCAGCCAUUAUUAUAAUCCCACAAACCCCUCACUCACCGACACCAACACCCCUUCGCUCGUCCUCGUCUCCUCACCGCUGCUGCUCCCGCUCUUCCUCACCACCCGACCCCGACCGCAAUCAUGCCCGACUGGUCUGUCGACCCCGACAACCGGCGCCGGCUCAUGGAGCUGAUGAAGGAGAACAAGACCUGCUUCGACUGCGGCGCGCCCAGUCCGCAGUGGGCCUCGCCCAAGUUCGGCAUCUUCAUCUGCCUCGACUGCGCGGGCCUGCACCGCGGCCUCGGCGUCCAUAUCUCGUUCAUCCGCUCAAUCACGAUGGAUCAGUUCAAGCCGGAGGAGAUGAAGCGCAUGGAGAUGGGCGGGAAUGCCCGCGCAAAGGAGUUCUUUGACGCGGAAGGAUACAACGACGGCAUGAGCAUCAAGGAAAAGUACAACAGCACCUUUGCCGAGGACUAUAAAGAUAAGCUCACCGCCACCGUCGAAGGCCGCGAGUGGGUCCGCUCCGACCGACCACCCCCAUCACGCACUCCCUCCCGCACAGCCUCGCCCGCGCUCUCCUCGACCUCCUCGACCUCCCAACAAGCCUCCUCGCUUCCUCCCUCGCAAAAGGUCCGCAACGAAGCCUACUUCUCGCGCCUCGGCCAAGACAACCUCAACCGGCCCGACCACGUGCCGCCGUCGCAGGGCGGCAAGUACGCCGGCUUUGGAAACACCCCGCCGCCAGAUAUGUCGUCGUCCUCGGCGCAGCUGUCGGUCGACGACUUCACGCGCGAUCCGCUCGGCAGUCUGACAAAGGGCUUUGGGUUCCUGUCAAAGAACCUCAACCAGGUCACAGAGACAUACAUCAAGCCGAACCUCAACCAAGUCACAGAGACAUACAUCAAGCCCAACGUCAAGAACCUUGCAGACUCGGAUCUCGGCUCGAACGCCCGCAAGGCCAUGAUGCAAUUCGGCCAGAAAAUGCAGGAAACAGGCCGGUACGGUGUCGAGACUUUCCAGACCUUCACCUCUGAGCAGCGCGCGGCCAUGAACCAAUCCGGCGGCGGCGGCAGCGGCAGCAGCGGGAGAUACUCGCGGGUCGCAAACAGCAGUGAUGCGGCUGAAGGUCCCGGCGGUCCGAGAUUCACAUCGCUGUUUGACGACCUUGGAAUCGGCGAUGACGCGGAUAUCGAGGAGGCCUUUGGUAUUCCCAAGCCCGGCAAGAAGACGCAGCUUGAUGGGCUUGGUGGCAGCGCUGCUAGUAAGAGCGCAAAGAUGAGUGGGUUUGGAAGUAGCUAUGGAACGUCGAGCGGGUCGGCGAAUCCGAACGCUGGGAAGAAGAAUGAUGAUGAUAAUUGGGGUGAUGGAUGGGAGUAGCCUUUAUGUCUUUUUUGCUGCUACACCUUUCUUUUCUUCGUGUGACAUAGUUUUCUUUUCUUCUUCACACUUUUUGGUAUUAAAUUAUUACAUACAUACAUACAAUUAA